UCACUCUCUUCGCUUGACUCGACGCGUUCGGACGUGCGGAGAACCCACGACUCGAAUCGGUACCUUCAUGAAUUCAUUGCUCUAGUUGUUAUAAUCGAAGACGUUUCGAGCGGAACCCUACAACUUAAAUUUGUUUAGAAAAUUUUAUAUAAAAGCAACUUGUAUGAAACUUAAGAAAAGCAAAUAAAUAGAACCCAGAUAGAAUAAGCACUUCAAAACAAAUUGUGAAAAACAAACUAGCACGUAUUGUGGUGCUGUGUAAACGCGAAAAACCUCGAAAGUGAAACAAAUUCAAUUGAAACGCGGGCGACUCUCAUAAAUAAAGAGUAGUGAAUUAUUAUUUAAUAGUUAUUUGGGUCGGAACAUGUCAAGUGUUGAGACGGCGGAAGAGUUUAAGACGCGCUCUCAAAUCGAUCAGCCGGUGGAGACUCAAUUCAAUGGCUCCACGGAAUUUGUACUCAUUACUGAUCAUAAGUCACCGAAGAAGGGCUGCAACAUCGGCGAUUUCCUCGAGUCCGGCGUAAAGAAUGUCUUCCGCAAGAAGACACUCUACAAGCGCUUUCCGAUUUUGACCUGGCUACCGCGUUACACACGUAACGACGCAAUCGGCGAUGUGAUUGCCGGCAUAACGGUCGGUUUAACGGUCAUCCCACAGGGUUUAGCCUACGCGGGCGUUGCUGGCUUGCCAACACAGUUCGGUCUUUAUGGCGCCUUUAUGGGAUGCUUUACUUACGUUCUACUCGGCACUUGCAAGGACAGCACGAUCGGUUCGACGGCCAUCGCAUCGCUUAUGGUCUUCCAGUUUGCCAAAGGCGUAUGGCAACUAGCGAUAUUACUCACCUUUCUUACCGGCAUCAUAGAAAUACUUAUGGCACUCUUUCGGCUGACUUUCAUAAUUGAGUUCGUAUCGGGUCCAGUGAGUGCGGGUUUCACCAGCGCUGUCGCACUGAUCAUUUCCACGUCACAAAUCAAAAAUAUACUCGGUAUUAAGAAUGCGUCAGGUAAUACAUUUUUGGAGCGUUGGAUUAGCAUGAUCAAGGAUAUUAAUACCAUACGCGUGGCCGACACUAUACUCGGUUGCAGUUGUGUUGUCAUUUUGAUUAUAAUGCGUUACGUAGGACGUAUUAAAGUCGGUCCGAAGAGUGAUCGUAAAUGGCGUCAUGUUUUCGCAACCAAAUUACUGUGGUUCUUGGGCGUUUCGCGCAAUGCAAUUCUGGUGAUCGUUUGUGCUGCCGUAAGCAUGUAUCUGGAGAAUGAGGGUAAAAGCUAUUUCCGCAUCACAGGUUUCGUACCGGCGGGACUGCCUGAGUUCGGUCUACCGCCCUUCUCUAUUGAGGCAACACCAGCAAACGCCACUUCCGGAGCGCCAGCUGUCGAAGCUAUGAAUUUCACGGAUAUGGUGGGCGAGUUGGGUUUCGGUUUGCUCAUUGUACCGCUCGUCGCUUUGUUGGAGAAUAUCGCCGUAUGUAAGGCUUUUGCUAAGGGCCAACCUAUUGAUACAACUCAAGAGGUGCUCACCAUAGGCAUAGCAAAUGUUGCGAACUCAUUAUUCCAAGGCUAUCGCGCUAACGGCGGUCUCGCACGUUCGGCUGUCAACAAUGCCAGUGGCGUACGCACCCCGUUAGGAAACUUUUACAUCGGCUUGAUUGUGAUAUUAGCUCUGCUCUUUUUAACGGAAUUCUUUUACUACAUUCCACAAGCGGUUCUAGCUGCUAUUAUCAUUUCGGCGGUUAUCUUCCAACUGCAAUAUCACGUGGUCUUGCCAAUGUGGCGCAGUAAACGCUCGGAUUUGAUUCCCUGUUUUGUUGCCUUUAUUGCGUGUUUGGUUUUACCGUUGGAGAUCGGCAUCCUUGUUGCGAUCGGUGUGAAUCUUCUAUUUAUUUUAUAUCACUCAGCACGACCCAAAGUCCGCUUGGAGACAUUAGAGACUCAGGAUGGCAUCAAAUUCCUGCAGCUCACACCGGAUCGUUGCCUCAUCUUUCCUUCAGUUGAGUUUGUACGCAACCUGGUGCUGAAGUUCGGCAACAAAACCACACUGCCCGUGGUCAUCGACUGCACGUACAUCUAUGGCGCCGACUACACUGCCGCCAAAGUGAUCUCUUCUCUGAUCGAAGAUUUCAAACGCCGUAACCAAAAAAUUAUUUUCUAUAAUUUAAAACCAAAUGUUGUGCAAAUCUUCGAUGGUCUGAAUAUUAGCCUAACAUUGUGCUACAACACUGACGCACUGACCCAGGCGCUGAGGGAGAAUCAAAAUGGCGCGGCGACGAAACCGCCCCUAGAGAAUGAUGUAGAGGCUGGUAUAAAAAGAAGCAGCGAAACAUUGAACUCAGCGCUUACUGCCUAAGCCUUGUGAAUAACGAGUACUGAUAAGUGAUGUAUAAAUAGAUGUUAGUUUUGGUGUAAAUUAUGUUCCUAGUUUGUAAAACAAAAACGAUUACAGUUAUAGUUUUAAAAUAAAUAAAAACGUCGGAGACCUUAUAAAA